GCAACACACAACACACAGCAAGAUGAACACUGUGGUCGCAAUUCUCCUCGUCGCUUUGGUGGCUUGCGCUCAUGCGCAGCUGGGCAGCGUACAUUGUGGUGUCGGCUGCGCCUGUUCUCAGGGACAACAACCCUUGUGCGGCAACAAUGGCGUCACGUACCUCAACGAGUGUGAGCUGCGCUGCGCACAGUGCGAUUUACCGGGUCUGCUGCUGGCCUACGCCGGGGUGUGCGUGCCCGCCGUGGUGGGAUACGCCCCCACUCCCCAGUACCAGUACGCGGUGCCCGUGGUGUACGGCAGGCGCUGAGGACUGCC